CACGCCAUCCAUCAUCUUACACUAGAGCUCCUAUAUAAUACUAGUACAAUACAUAACACUACCUCUCUUAGCUGCCUGCCUAUAUAGUAGCAGCUGGUGAGAGCAUUUCAUCACUUGCAGCAAAGUAAGGAGCGCCACUGAUCUAUCCAAGACAUAUUCUUCUUCUUCCUCCUCCUCCUCCUCCUCCUCCCAAGGAGCUAGUGCACAACUGUGACACUGUCUGAAGCCUGAAGAUCAAGAUCCAUACGACCUAGCUCUAGCUAGUUGUGAUCGAAGAAGAGAUCGAAGAGGCCAGAGGAAGUUAAGAUCGAAGAAGAUGCUGGCCUGCAUCGCGUGCGUGAAAGAAGGCGGCGGCCGCGAGGACUCGGGGCGGUCGGCCGGCGGCGUUGGGGAUACCCCGACCUGCACAGACCCCGUCAAGUCGCUCACCUCCCAGCUGAAGGACAUGGUGCUGAAGCUGUCCGGCACGCACCGUCAGGGCGCGCACCAGAGGCGCGGCGGCUCGCCGCCCCCCAGGGGCCGGGCCACCUCCCUCUACCGCAGCGGCUACUACCGGCCGGGCGUGGUGCAGGACGACAUGGCAGUGCCUCCGGCUACGUACCUGGGCGGCGGCGCGUCGAGCGCGAGCUCCACCCCGGCGUGGGACCUGCCUGUCCGCGCGGAGGGCGAGGCGAGGGAGUGGGUGGCGCAGGUCGAGCCGGGAGUGCAGAUCACCUUCGUCUCCCUCCCCGGCGGCGCCGGCAACGACCUCAAACGCAUCCGAUUCAGCCGUGAGAUGUACGACAAGUUGCAGGCGCAGAAGUGGUGGGGCGAGAACAACGAGCGGAUCAUGGAGCUCUACAACGUGCGGCGCUUCAGCCGCCAGGUGCUCCCCACCCCGCCGCGCUCCGACGACGGCGAGAGGGAAUCGUUUUACUCUCAGUCCCAGGUGGGCUCGGCGAUCGGGAGCCCGUCGCCGGUUCCCCACACUCCGGACAGGAUCAGCUGGGCUGCUUUCGCGCGGCCGGCUGCCCAGCCCGGCGGUGGCGGCGCCACGCGGCAGCACAGUUUCCACCCGCUGUCGCCGCCGCCGCCAUCGUCGUCCAACCCUUCCGAGCGGGCCUGGCAGCAGCAGCAGCAGCAGCGCCAGAACGGAGCAGCCGGCAAGAGCCCGGCGGCCUCCGAGGCCAGUGACGCCGCGAGGGCGACCACCGCGUCGCGGGACGACGUGUCCAUCAGCAACGCCAGCGAGCUGGAGGUGACGGAGUGGAUCAUACAGGACGAGCCCGGCGUGUACAUCACCGUCAGGGAGCUCGCCGACGGCAGCAGGGAGCUGCGCCGCGUCCGGUUCAGCCGCGAGAGAUUCGCAGAGCUGAAUGCAAAGCUGUGGUGGGAGGAGAACAAGGAGAGGAUACAGGCCCAGUAUCUUUAAAAAGACUUGGGUAAAUCUGAGGCUUUGAGUUGAAGUUGGAGCUGUUGUUCAAGGACUAGGGACAUAUAAUCUGGUAUAAGUAUAUAUGGAGUUUAUGUUUCAUGUUGGAGCUGGGAAAGAUAGGAAAGAUUGGAACUGGGAAAGAAAAAGGGGAAUCAGGACAGGAGAAUGUUUCGAUGUUUAGGGCACCUGCCCAGGUAAUUUGUGUAUCGUGUUCCAUGCCUAAUACUCAUUUUCUGGAUAUGCCUAACAUGUUAUUUCGAGGAUA